AUGAUUUUUAUCAAGGUUGUAUUUAGUCUGCUCUAUUGCAGCUUGAGUUUUCAAACAGCAAGCGGUGAAAGUGACACAGCAAAAGCCACUCCCGAUACUUCGACAUCAAGCAAAUGCCACAGCGUUCACUUCAACAAUUAUUAUUCUGGGCCAGCAAAUAAGGACAUCAAGGUACACCUUCUCAAAAUAGAGAAUCAACUCGCAAAUUUAGAGAAAAAAAUUGAUGCUUUGACGGAGAACAAAACAACUCCGCUAGGUGAGUUUAUAUAUAUAUACGUCUUACAACUCAUCCAUGGUGAAAUACAUCAUACUAGCUAAUGUUGUUUGAUGUCUCUAAACAGCUAUGAAAAACUGUGCUGAGCUGUACAAAUCCGGCAAAAGAAUCACAGGAGUUUACACAAUCGACCCCGAUGGUUUAGGUGCGUUUGAUGUGUUUUGCGACCAAAAGUCUUCCCGUGGCGGUUGGACAGUAUUCCAGAAGAGACUCGAUGGCUCCGUUGAUUUCGUCAGUCGCGGCUGGGCGGAUUACAAACGUGGAUUCGGAAACUUAAAUGGGGAAUUUUGGCUCGGACUGGACAAGAUACACCGCCUGACGAAAAUAAAGAGUAGACUGCGAGUGGAACUUGAAGACAUACAAGGAAAGGCAGCUUACGCUGAAUAUGACAUGUUUUCUGUUUCCGACGAAAGAACUAAAUAUAGAUUUGGCCUUGGGAUAUAUACAGGUGAGUGCUUACAAUCUGUGGAUUGGUCUAUUUUACCCAAAAUAUAGUUUCUAUAGAGAUACAACCGAAUUAGAACGAUUCUUUCAUUUUUAUACAGACCAAUAAGCCUAGUGUCAAAGAAAAGGGUACUAUAGCUGUUAUUUGCUCCAGAUCCCCAAAAUAGUAGAUUCUUCGGGUUUUUUUCUUAUUAUUUUUGUUUGCUUGCUCGUUUUGAGUUUUUUUGUGUGUGUGUGUGUGUCAGAGUUUAUCACAUUCUCUUCUAUCAUCAGAGACUGAAAUACACUAAAAGACUCAAUUUCUCUCAAACUAACACACAAUUUCUGGACUUAAUGAUGGUUCCUGAACUCCCGCCUUAGGGGAAGCCGCAAGUUUAGAGUUGUGCCUACUUACGCUAACUUCCGGUGUUUUUGUCUCAGGAACUGCUGGUGAUUCUUUGAGCUAUCAUCGAAACAUGGCAUUCUCCACCAAAGAUCGCGACAAUGAUGAUUCCUCGACCAACUGUGCCGCAAAAUAUGGUAGUGCUUGGUGGUACAAAAGCUGUGUCCGUGCCAACUUAAACGGCUACUAUUAUCACGGUCAGCACACUUCGGCCCCUUGGCGCGGUAUCAACUGGAAUGUAUGGAAGGGUCAUAGUUACUCUGCUAAGAGAGCUGAAAUGAAGAUCAGGCCCGUGGACUUUUUAAGUUAGAAAGAUACUCAAACAAGAAAUACAGUACUUCAGCUAGCUAUCAGCUUCUCUACAUAGUUGAGUGACACGGAAUAAAAAGCAGUGUAACGUGCUACAAUAUUUGAAUGGGUUUGACACAAAGGUAUAGGUUUAAUAAAAGAGAAGAGAAAUACGUUAAUUUCAUUUUCGUGUAUCACUAUAUUUGUUUUACGAUCGAAAGCUUGAAACUGACAAAAUUUCUUUGCAACUUUGGCGAUAUCCAAUUUAAUGUCAGUGGUAAUCAUGUUUAUCGGGAAUUACAUCGAUUUUGGCAGAAAUUUCUAUGUUUUGUGAUUGUUGUGGAACUUGUGUCUUACAAGAGUUCUCAGCAGUUUUCCUUUUUUUAUUUUUUUAAUAUUUAUAUCGUCCUUCUGCUUUGCUCCAUUCAGUCAGACAUGAAAUUUACCCCUGUAACUUAUCUAACUUGAACAAGGGAAAUAGUGACACCUUUACCACCGUCCCCCUCUCGAAAAGUUGUCAGUUUUACCUGAUAGAUCCUCAGUCAUAGAGUUGCUGGUGAUAUCUUGGAUCCCUGAUCCAAGCUCAGGGGGAAAAUAAUUUUAAACUACCUUACCUGAGUAGGACGAUAAUAGGCCUUUUCUUUCACAGCUCUGUUAAACACAAGAGCUUAAAAACCAAAAAGAUCUUACAUGAUUUAUUGGAAUUUUGAAAAGAAUCAGAAGAGCAAAAAUAAAUGAUAGUUUUUUCAAGGAAAAUACGAUACAUACAAAACCUCUGACUUGGGACUGUAUUACUUUGACAUGCGAGCUUAGCCCUGUUGAUUUGGACGAAGUCACGCAAAAUCAUUCAUUGUAGCUCAGACAUAGUGAAGCAACCCAACCCAUUUAAGAGCGUUAUUUCUCCUUAUGAGUUUUCACCCCAGACUCCCCUGGAUGGAUUCCCCAACCAACCUUUCUCCUUAUCGGGUAAACUAUUGUACUCUCUUCUACUUAUGUCUCCAAUUCUGCACUCCGUUUAGAAAUAAUCUGCUGCUAUUAAUGAAGGAAAAGUGUGAAAGUUGUUCCUCCGUUAAAGAGAUCAUCUGGUAAGUUGUUAUGAUGACUAUGAGGUAGGUAGUAAAGUAUGCCGUUAAAUCUUCGCCAAAAUUCGAGGUUUAUUUUCAACAUUCAAGUUCUUCUUUUAAACCAUAUGCAACAUUUAAGUGAUAUGUUUUAGAAUACAAAGGAUAUGAUUUUGAAUACAAAGAAAGGGUUUGCUCCAAGACAUUGUACAUAGAGUUCAUAUCUAAAUAGUAAACAUAACGAAACUCUUGAUUGUUUAAAAAAGCACUUGAAUUCUGGCCGAUAUUUUUAAAAGGGCAUAGCCAUGGAGCUAAUCUGACUGAAGUGUGAAGUUCUUGAACUCUAUUGCCAUUUAGUUUUUUAACUCAAACUUCCGUAGGAACACUCGAGAAUAAAAAUGCAAGCCGUUAUUUUUUUCCUUCUUAUUAUGUCGCCAAAUCAACAUUGUCUCUCCAAGCGUCCGAAGUGGAGACGCGGAAAACCGGGAAUGAGAAUUUCGAGCCUCUUUCAGUAGGUUUGGUUCUGUCCCCAAUAUCGUGCUAUUGAAUUCUGCUCAGAUAUCUUGGGGGCAGUGUAAGGGCCGAAAUUUUUAACCUGAUUACAUGGAGUUAUCAACAUAAUUCGAAAUGACGUCUGUCCCAAUAGCUUAAAUGAUUUAGGUGGUUUUUCCUUCUUUUCACUUGAUCCUUGAUCAAAAUACAUCUGUAUAGACCAGUUACAAACGAAGAGGAGAUGUGCGUAAGAAUGCUCAGUUAGAGAGAAAAGGGUUUUGAAGUCUUAAAAUCGACGAUGACAACAACCCCAACGAUCAAUAUGGAAAUUUUUUGUAGAACCGUACACUAAAAUCACCCAGGUGGUUUUCCUUCUUUUUGCUCCAUUCUCAAUCAUGGAACACCAGUUGCUCUUCGCAAACGAAGAGCAACUGGAAAGAAACGGGCUUCAAAGUCUUGAAAUUGACAAUGACAAUAGUCCAAAACUUAUUUAUGGAAAUAUUUUGUCGCGCCGCGUGAGUGAUUUAAAUUCUUGUUUCUGAAGUUGAUUUUCGCGUUUCUACGUGGCUGCCAUAUGGGUGUAUGUCAAGCAUAUUUGGCAGCUGGUUUACCAUGUUUUGAGGUUUUAAAGAUGUCAUUUGAUUUGACCUUUAAGACUUACCAUUAUGCGAUUGUAUCAACCUGGUAAUAAUUGUAAACGAUUUGUAACCAGUUUUGAUAAAUUUUGAAUUGUUUCACAACUGCACCUCCAUCAGUAACAGUUGUUUUGAUAUGUCAGAAAUGAUCACUGCUUCAGCUUGUACUAUUGUACAAGGGGUCGUAAAUGUUGAUUUGAACUGCUCGUGGUGUUGCGUUUGUGUAACCUGCGGCGUAGCACACGUUUUUUUUUUGUCUGUUUUUAUUUCUGUUGCGGCUUCGCAAUUUGCCCAGGUGCUCCCCGGCUACGCUCACUAGUUAUUAAGACCUCUCACGUAAAAUUGCUAACUUAUUUCACCGAAAAUCCCCAAAGAAACUCGAGUUAACGCUUCAAUAGUGUCUAGCUUAUCUUUGACAGGCAAUUCAGCUCUCUGUGUCCAUGGAAUCCUGUGUUCAACCUAGACCGGAAGUUUGCCUUGGCGUGUUCAAUGCCCAAGUCGAGAGGGAAUGGAAAGGAGGCUUGAAACCUCUCGCUUGGGUGCGAGCCGCUGUUGAUGCUAGGAUAAGACGCUUUGCAAACACUCUUAGUCCUCUUUGUAAAUGUUACACCUCACCAUACAUUCUAGACCUUCCUAUCAUGUUUAUCAUUUUUAUUUGCACAAAUUAUCUUACUUCGAACUUGCAAGUUUUUUAGAAUCCGUUAGAAGUUAAAAAAAACUGCGACGAUUUACCCGUUUGAGGUUCUUUAGACAAACAGACGUGUAGUUGCAUCUCAUUAAGCGCAUGUGUAAGAUUUCAAUUUUUUGCGAACAUUGCGUCAUGAAGCUGCCGUGGAUUAAAACUGGAUUGAUUCUCGAAGGCUGGGGAAAAUUGUAAUAACAAAACAUUUUAGGGAGAAAAAUAUUUUGAAGUGUGCAAAACACAAAACUAACAUUUUUAAAUAAACUCACUCAACCAUAGAUAACCAACUUAGCCUGAAGCAAAAGUGGAAGUUGGUAUGAAAGACGAAACAAAAGCAGUGCUUGUCUAUGACAGUCACUCAAACACGAAAAAUCUACCUGCUUGUAUACUGACGUGGUCAAAAGAACGUAUUUAUAACGAUUUCCUAUAAGUUGAGCAAAUUAUAUUGCUACAACAGCUGGGACGUAAGUUUUCUCGGUCGAGGAUGAAUUUUUUCAAUAUCAUAUUUUGUCUGCUCUGUUGCAGCUCGAUCUUUCAAACACUGAGCGGGGUAAACAGCACAUCAAAACAAGUCACAUCCAACAAAACUUCCGAUACUUCGACAUCAAGCAAGUGCCACAACGUUCACUUCAACAAUUACUAUUCUGGGCCAGCAAAUAAGGACAUCAAGGCACAUCUUCUCAAAAUAGAGAAUAAACUCGCAGAUUUAGAGAAGAAAAUCGAUGCUUUGACGGAAAACAAAACAACUCCACCAGGUGAGUUUUUGUCAAUUUUGUAUAUACGUCUUACAACUCAUCCAUGCUGCAAUAUUAUCAUGCUAACUAUAGUUGUUGAUGUCUCUCGACAGCUAUGAAAAACUGCGCUGAGCUGUACAAAUCCGGCGAAAGAAUUACAGGAGUUUACACAAUCGAUCCCGAUGGUUUGGGUGCGUUUGAUGUGUUUUGCGACCAGAAAUCUGUAGGUGGGGGGUGGACAGUAUUCCAGAAGAGACUCGAUGGCUCCGUUGAUUUCAACAAUCGCGGCUGGGCGGACUUCAGACGUGGAUUCGGAAACUUAAAUGGUGAGUUUUGGCUCGGACUGGACAAGGUACACCGCCUGACCAAAACAAAGAGUAGACUGCGAGUGGAACUCGAAGACACACAAGGAAAGAUAGCUUACGCUGAAUACGAUAUGUUCUCUGUUUCCAGUGAAAGAAAUAAAUACAGACUUGGCCUUGGGAAGUAUACAGGUGAGUGCCUACAAUCUGUGGAUUGGUCUAUUUUACCCUUAAUAUGGUUCCUAAAGAUACAGCCGAAUUAGAGCGAUUCUUUCAUUUUUAUACAGACCAAUAAGCCCAGCGUCACAGAAAAGGUUAUUAUAACUGUUAUUUACUCCAGAUCCCCCAAAACAGUAGAUUAUUCGUUUUUGCUUGUUUGUUUUUGUUUGUUUGUUUGUUUUUUUUUUUUUUUUUCAGAACUUAUUGCAUUCUCUUCUAUCAUCAGAGACUGAAAAACUCUGACAUUCAAUUUCUCUCCAAAGUAACACAAUUUCUGGACUUUCUGAUGGUUCCUAAACUCCCGUCUUUGAGGGGAGCCGCAAGUUUAGUGUUGUGCCUACUUUUGCUAACUGUCCGUGUUUUUGUCUCAGGAACUGCUGGGGAUUCUUUGAGCUUUCAUAGGAACAUGGCAUUCUCCACCAAAGAUCGCGACAAUGAUAAAUACUCGGGCAACUGUGCCGCAUACUAUAAAAGUGCUUGGUGGUACAACAACUGUCUCCGUGCCAACUUAAACGGCUACUAUUACCACGGUUCGCAUGUCGGGUCUGCCCAUCGUGGUAUCAACUGGGAUAAAUGGAAGGGUCAUAGUUACUCCGCUAAGAGAGCUGAAAUGAAGAUCAGGCCUGUGGACUUUUAAGCUAGAAACAUACACAAACAAGAAAUACACUACAUGAGCUAUAGUUUAUCAGCUUUUCUACAUAGUUGAGUGAAACAGAGUAAAAAGCAAUGUAAUGUGCUUUAAUAUUUGAAUGGGUCUAACACAAAGUAAUGGGUUUAAUAAACUGAAA